AUGCGCCAUCAUUCGGUAUCGUAUUUUGGGGGAAUGCAUAAAUCUAUCUAUCUAUCUAUCUAUCUAUCUAUCUAUCUAUCUAUCUAUCUAUCUAUCUAUGUAAACCUGUUCUAUCUAUCUAUCUAUCUAUCUAUCUAUCUAUCUAUCUAUCUAUCUAUCUUUCUUUCUUUCUUUCUUUCUCAAUGUAUCUAUCUAUCGACAUUUUUCUUUCUUUCUUUCUUUCUUUCUUUCUUUCCCUAUCUAUCUAUCUAUCUAUCUAUCUAUCUAUCUAUCUAUCUAUCUAUCUAUCUAUCUCGAUCUGCUUCUUUCUUUCUUUCUUUCUUUCUCAAUGUAUCUAUCCACUUUCUAUCUUUCUUUCUUCAUUUCUUUCUUUCUUUCUUUCUUUUUUUCUUUCUUUCUUUCUCAAUGUAUCUAUCUAUCGACAUUUUUCUUUCUUUCUUUCUCAAUGUAUCUAUCUAUCGACAUUUUUCUUUCUUUCUUUCUUUCUCAAUGUAUCUAUCUAUCGACAUAUUUCUUUCAUUUCUUUCCCUAUCUAUCUAUCUAUCUAUCUAUCUAUCUAUCUAUCUAUCUAUCUAUCUAUCUAUCUCGAUCUGCUCCUAUCUAUCUUUCUUUCUUUAUUUCUUUCUUUCUUUCUUUCUCAAUGUAUCUAUCUAUCGACAUUUUUCUUUCUUUCUUUCUUUCCCUAUCUAUCUAUCUAUCUAUCUAUCUAUCUAUCUAUCUAUCUAUCUAUCUAUCUAUCUCGAUCUGCUUCUAUCUAUCUUUCUUUCUUUCUUUCUUUCUUUCUCAAUGUAUCUAUCUAUCGACAUUUUUUCUUUCUUUCUUUCUUUCUUUCCCUAUCUAUCUAUCUAUCUAUCUAUCUAUCUAUCUAUCUAUCUAUCUAUCUAUCUCGAUCUGCUUCUUUCUUUCUUUCUUUCUUUCUUUCUCAAUGUAUCUAUCUAUCGACAUUUUUCUUUCUUUCUUUCCCUAUCUAUCUAUCUAUCUAUCUAUCUAUCUAUCUAUCUAUCUAUCUAUCUAUCUAUCUAUCUCGAUCUGCUUCUAUCUAUCUAUCUUUCUUUCUUUCUUUCUUUCUUUCUUUCUCAAUGUAUCUAUCUAUCGACAUUUUUCUUUCUUUCUUUCUUUCUUUCUUUCUUUCUUUCUUUCUUUCUUUCUUUCUCAAUGUAUCUAUCUAUCGACAUUUUUCUUUCUUUCUUUCUUUCUUUCUUUCUUUCUUUCUUUCUUUCUUUCUUUCCCUAUCUAUCUAUCUAUCCCAGUCUGUUCAUUAUCUAUCUAUCUAUCUAUCUAUCUAUCUAUCUAUCUAUCUAUCUAUCUAUCUAUCUAUCUUCUUUCUUUUUUUUUUUUCUUUUCUUUCUUUUCUUUCUUUCUUUCUUUCUUUCUUUCUUUCCCAUUCUAUCUAUCUAUCUAUCUAUCUAUCUAUCUAUCUAUCUAUCUAUCUAUCUAUCUAUCUCGAUCUGCUUCUUUCUUUCUUUCUUUCUUUCUUUCUUUCUUUCUUUCUUUCUUUCUUACCCAUGCUAUCUAUCUAUCUAUCUAUCUAUCUAUCUAUCUAUCUAUCUAUCUAUCUAUCUAUCUAUCUCGAUCUGA